AGAGAGAGGAGAGGGUGAUUCCCAAAUAAACCAACACGCAGCUUCUCUCUCGUUGCUUUGAGGAGGUAAUAAAGUACCCACGUAUUUUUUUUUUCAUUUUGGUAGUGAAAAAGGAUGGCGCAUAACAGCGGAGGAGAAGAAAAAUGUGGUCGAUAACAUUUUAACCCGAGGGUUUUGACGACUGGUGGGGACAGGUGAUCUAAAAACACGGUACCAUGUGAAUGGAUGAGGAACAUGAAGCCCGCACACAAACUACUGUUCGUCCUGUGUCCCAUGCUGGUCUUGGGGUUCAUCUAUUACUCUUCUGGGAAGCUCCAUUUGCACGUAUGGGGCCAGAAGCCACAUAAAGAUGUGGAGCCCACAGUUAGUAAAGUCACUAGUGUUUCUGUCACAUCCACUGUGACCAAAGAGCCGGUGGUGGAGGGCCCUGUCUCCGUGGGACGAAUAGUAGGCUCAGGUACAGCCUCACUGCAAAGAGUGCACUCUGGUCAACAUGAGAACCCCAGCAGGCCUGUGUUUGAUAAGCAAGGGUUCUUGCUGAAUCUGGAGACAAAGCUGCCUCUGGAGUUGGUGUACAAGUACGGAAACCUCAGCGAAGGAGCCUGCAAACCCGGCUAUGCAGCUGCCAAAAUGAGUGCUAUCUAUCCAAAGUUUAGUAAGCCAGCUUCCAUGUUUCUGGAUCGAAACUUCAAGCGACUUGCAAAAGUUACAAACUAUUUACCUCCAUUUGGAUUCAAAACACAAGAAAGAAUCAUAGAUCUUAUAUUAACUGCCACAAAGAAUUAUGGACUGGGUCCAGAUAUAGAUAGUUUGGGUUGUAAAAGAUGUAUAGUAGUAGGUAAUGGCGGUAUCCUUAGCAACAAGUCUUUAGGAUCCCGCAUUGAUGAACAUGAUGUUGUUAUAAGACUCAACGAGGCCCCAGUGAGUGGUUACACCAGGGAUGUAGGUACUAAGACCACCCUGAGGAUAACCUAUCCUGAAGGGGCUAUCCAGAAGCCUGAGCGCUAUGAGGAAGAUUCCCUCUUUGUCUUCUCUGCUUUCAAACCUCUUGACUUUAAAUGGUUGAGGCAGAUGGUCUUCAAAGAGAAACUGCAAGGAACAGAGGGCUUCUGGAAGUCUGUAGCACACUCUGUCCCCCGGAAACCAUCAGAGAUACGGAUCCUCAACCCCUACUUCAUACAAGAGGCUGCCUUCCAGUUUAUUGGCCUUCCACAGAACAAUGGCCUCAUGGGUAAAGGGAACAUUCCAACAUUGGGCACCGUCGCCAUAACGAUGGCCCUUCAUAACUGCGAUGAAGUUGCCGUUGCUGGAUUUGGCUAUGACAUGAACACCCCUCAUGCACCCUUGCACUACUACGAAACAGUCAAAAUGUCUGCCAUUAAAGAGUCAUGGACUCACAACAUCUCAAAAGAAAAGGAGUUUCUCCGCAAGUUGGUGAAGGCCAACAUUAUCACAGACUUAACCAAUGGGAUCUGAACCUCCCAAAGUGGGUGCCUUUCUAGGAGGACUCCAAAUUGCAGAGUCCUGGGAAACCCUGGACCAGACAACAUGAAGGAGCGAGAUUUCAAGACGUGGGAGCGAUGGCUCAGUUAAGAUGCACAUGUGCCUUCUAACCGACAGGCUUCCUCUGAGCAGGACGUUGAAGGUUUCUUGAAUGUCUCAGGAGACAAUCCUUGUUCGAGUACAGAUGGAAGGUAUCAGAGACUUUGAGGUGACCAACACACACAGCGCUUGAGGAACGAGUCGCAGCGUUAACUGAUUGUGCCAAAUGUACCUCUUUCAGAGGAGAUGCCUCUCCUCUCCUGCCUGAAUGUAUUAACGGUGUAAAUAUCAAAGAUUUUUACAGUGCAUUUUAAUGAACUGCUACCACCCCUGUGGUGCUGCCUUCACACGUGAUUCUCCGUCCAGGGCAAUCAGUGCAUAUCCUGCUCUAGUGUGAGGAAGGGCAGAGGCAGGUCUUUGAUUCAGCCCUUCUUCUGAGCACAGGAGGCUCUUUAUCUCCUGAAUGUGAGCUUAUUAUGUUACAACUUCUUUUGUCAAAGAAAGGGGCUCAAUCUCUAAGUUAUUUAUUUUGGUGCACAGAUGAAGGCCUUUGUUUUUUUUUUGUUUUUUUUUGGAAAGCUCCCUUUCCAAAAUUGAUUAUUAAUACCACAAUUUGUUAUAGGUGGGAAACUGAGUACCUAUUAGGGGUGCACCAAUACCGCUUUUUCUCAAUUUUUCUGAUACCUGCAUUGUUGAAAUUUCCUAAAUACGUGCUACUUCCUUAUAAAUAAGAACAAAAUCCAAAUACACACAAAAAUAUAUUCUGUGCUACUGUUCAAAAGUUUAGAUUUAUUAAAAAAAAUUGAGAGCCUUAAUUUUAUAAUUAGUAGUAUAAUUAUUAGAAUUUGCAGUAAAGACUUUUUUACAUUGCCACGUUAACUAUUCAAGUUUCUAAUAAAUGCCCCUUCCUCUCCUUUUUUUUUUAAAUAAACAAAAAUGCAAAAUACAGUAAUUUUAAACAAAAAAACAUUUUACAGUAUUACAGAUUAUGCAUAAUAAUGUGAUCAUUGAGACAUCUUGAACAGGGUUUUAUCAUUAUGACUGUUGUAAUCAGAAAUGCUAAAUGGAUAUUAUCCAUAGAAAACGUAUAUACAUAUUAUAUGCCAAAGCUUAGGGAGUACAACUUUUGUCUCAAACUACUAAAUACAUUUCUACUUAUUAAUAGCUAAAAGGUAGUUGUUAAGUUUAAGUAUUGGGUAGGUUUGGGUGCGUAGAGUUUGGUCAUGCAAAUUAUGUGCUUUAUAAGUACUAAUAAAUGUGUUAAUAAUAGACAUGCUAAUAAGCAGCUAGUUAACAGUGAGAAUUGUCCCUAUCAACUGUUACUGAUGUAUUAAAUUGAUAAGUAAUGACAGUAACAGAUUUUACAUUUUAAACCACAAAAACCCUCAACAAAAUACAGUCCUUUUAAAUGAAAACACAGACAUUUUAUGCACAGAUUAUGGUUUUUACAGUUUAAAUGACUGUUUUUUGCAUGCUGCAAAUGAUCGAGCCAAAUGGAAACAAACUGUCUAAUGCCCCACUUGGGAUGAAGAGGAGCAAGUCUGACAGUUUACGUGAACUUAAUUUUAAAGACUUUAAAUACCCUUUUUUGUAGUUCAGCAGUAACAACCAUAAGGAAAGCACAGAUCCUGAUUUAGAUCGUUCCUAUAUCAUCCACAUCUUGUCUGACAAGAAAACUAAAAUUGCAUCGGUGACGUGAUAGAAUCCUGGUAUUGCAUUGGUGCAUCCCUAGUAACUAUUCAGGGAGCCGUUAUAGUACACUGCCAUCCUGAAUUCCUAAAUUCUGCGUCUUUACUUUCCAAAGGCAGCGGUUUGAGACCAAUACACCAAGAAGGACUAUUUUUAAGUUAUGAGUUUUUGUAUGUUUUUUUUUUUUUUUUUUUGGCAGUACACGCCAUUUUAAGAAGUACUUGUUCCAGUGUGUUAUAGUUUGAGCUGUGAGCUUUCAGAGAAAAUCUGCAACGUGGGCAGAGUCCUGUUGCACUAACCGACAAGAGUUUAUCAAAUGAAACUACAAAACUGCACAGCGUAGAUGUUCACUACAUCUGGUACUCGGCUCAUCAAGAUCCCGCAGCAGGGAGCAGUCAUCAUCCUGACAGAGAGAAGCACAUUUUGAAAGAGUUCUCGUAGAAGGUGCAUUUAUACUGUGCAUUAUACCACAGAUAAUCCAAUUCUGAUCAUUUGGAGUUAGGAGGACAAAAGUAUUAUUUAUAUUUAUAUAUAUGUAUGUAGAUAUACAUACAUAUAUGUAUGUAUAAUGUGUUGGGCAUUUUGGCCCUAAAUUGAAUUUUAAGACUGUGUCUAAUCUUUAUUUUUUUUCUGCCAUUUUCCAAGACAGUGCAAAAUAUAUUUCAAUCAGAAAUCGAAGGUACUGUAUGUGGUUCAUUCUCAAUAAACACUUGAUUAUUUCAAUAUUA